AUGCAGCACUUUGGCAAAGCAGCCCUCCGAGUCACCAAGAACUAUACAAAAGGUUACUCAGACACGCAAUCCAAAGUUCGAGAUGCAACAUCAAACGACCCAUGGGGCCCAUCAGGAACUCAGAUGAACGAUAUCGCACAAAUGACUUAUAACCAGAAUGAUUUCAUUGAGAUUAUGGAGAUGCUCGAUAAGCGACUCAACGAUAAGGGGAAGAAUUGGCGACAUGUCUUCAAGAGCUUAACUGUCCUCGAUUACUGCCUCCACCAAGGCUCGGAGAACGUCGUUAUUUAUUUCCGCGACAACAUCUACAUUAUCAAGACCCUAAAGGAGUUCCAGUACAUCGACGAGGAUGGCAAAGACCAAGGCGCCAAUGUCCGACAAAAGGCAAAGGACAUCACCAAUCUCCUGCAGGACGAAGGUAGACUAAGGGAAGAACGCCGAUCCCGGGCGUCCAUGCGGGAUCGGAUGAUUCGCGGUGGAAGCACGGGCGAUGACGAGGACGAGGACGAGAACAAUGCGCGCCGUAGAAGUGGGGCCAAUGGACUUACUGGAAAGCGGCCCAAUCGGGAUGAAGACGAACUAAAGAAGGCCAUUGAGGAGAGUAAGAAGUCUUUAGCUCAGGAGAGGAGGGAUGCGGAGGAAAGAGAUUUCCAGCAUGCGCUCAAGUUGAGUGAGGAGGAGGAAGCGAGGAGAAAACAAGAUGUGGACAGCUCAAAUGCUUCUUCCCUCUUUGACGAUGCGCAGCAGCUCCCCUCACCAGCCUCCAACAAUCCGUUCCCCUUCGUCGACCCCACGCCGUACGCUACCGGCCUCCAACCACAGUUUACCGCCGUUCAACCCCAGUUCACGUCGGUCCAGCCACAAUUCACGUCGUUCAAUCCCUAUCAGCAGCAGGCGGAACAAGAAGCUGCGCAGGCGGAGUUCAUGCGUCAACAGCAAUUGUUCUUGCUCCAGCAACAACAAGCCCAACAACAGCAACAGCAGCAAGAGGAGAUGAUGCGUCAACAGCAGCUCUAUCAGAUGCAGCAGCAGCAGCAACAGCAACAGCAACUUCAGAACCAGAGCUUGUUCGCCCCUUCUCAGCCACUGACAGCUCAACCCACUGGGUUUGGGUCAAAUAAUCCAUUCGCGCCUUCCCCCGUUCCAUCCGCAUUCAACCCAUCCCCAAGACCUACCCAACAACAAGGCCCAAGCCCCUCAUUCAACCUCCCAGGAACGUACGAGACGCACUCUCCCUCCCGCGUCUCAUCCUUGUCUUCCUCCCCUGUGCCCACGCAAAAUCAGAACCAGAACCAGAACCGGCCGAUCCAGGUUAAGACGAAGAAAGAGCUGGGAGAGAAUGAGGCGCAUUUGGCUGCGUUGUUCGCUAAUCGGGACGAUGGGCAGGAUACGUUUGGGAAUAUCGGUUCUUUGAGGUACGGAUACACUGAUGCUGGGAGGCAGAUUGUGUCGCAGAGGACGGGGGCUAGUCCGCAUAACCCUUUUGCCCAGCAGCAGCAGCAACAGGCUGUUAAUCCGGAACGGCCGUUUUUUGAUAUCUAGGCCUAGGUGGUUGUGGGAAACUGUGGUCUUUUAGUGUUUGUUGGUUGGUAUAUUGUCCGGUUUUUUCUUUCUUUCUCUUCUGUCUUUUACGCUUCUUACUCAAUGAUAGUACACUUCCUAUCUCCAUCUCCAUCUCUAUCUCUGUCUCCACCCCCUGUGUUUCUACUUUCCUCUUCCCCCUUCUAAUUCCAGAGUCUGCACGAUUAUCACUACUAUAUGCAUUGAUGCCUGAUGACCUCACGUUCCUUUUUUUUUUCCAAUUUAAAUUCCUUUCCUCUCAUGCUCUUUUGACGUGUUGAGAUUCUGUUCAUACCAGCUAGCUCCUGACUGAAGGUGGAAACAAACACGAUGAAGUACAACCUAGAUAUUGUGCUACCCACUGGCAUUUUAAAUAAUUGUCAUUCUUUC